CAUUAGGACACAUUGAAUGAACAGUAAAACCUGCUCCUACAGAUAUAAGUGAGCACACGAUGUCUCCUCUUAAGAUGGACUAACAUGUCUUUGAGACAUCCUAAUCCUUGUAACUCCUUGUAACUCAGAACCUAGGCCUAUAAACGGUACCGAUCAAGUUCAGUCAACAUUGUAUCACUAAUAAUGAGGUGCCACAGGAGAAUCAACACCAAAUCUUGGUUCCUGAUACUUCUAGGCUUCUUCUUCGGUAGUGGAGUUCUCAGGGCGCUGAACGAUCGAGCGGGUGAUGUGGCAUCGCCGCGGGUAUCCGCCCUGGACCUAGCCGAGAAUAACCAGAAGUCUAUUGAGGAGUUAGAGAUCCUGGCGAGGGGCCCCAUACCAGCUGAUGACCUGGAACUGAUCAAACUCCUGAGGACGAAGUACCUGUACCCGCCGAGUCCCGAGCCUUACAACCUGAAGGAGGGAGAGCCAGAGGACGUCGCCUACACGAACUACAAGAGCGUCUUCCCGUCGUGGGCGUUCAUCAACAGCAUCCUGGAAGACCUCUACUCCGAAGGCCCGCCUGGGUUCUUCGUCGAAGCGGGCGCCCUGGACGGGGAGUACCUGUCGAACACGCUCCAGCUCGAAGUCCACAGGAACUGGUCCGGUCUGCUGAUCGAGGCCGAUCGACAGAGCUUCGACAUCCUCAGGAGGAAGCACAGGAAGGCGUGGUCUUCGCCCGCCUGCGUCUCGACCGAGGACUACCCGAAGGAGGUCGUCCUCAGCUCCUUCAUCAGGCAAGGGAAGACCUCCGUUUGGAGGGAUAGGGGCGCAGCCCGCAUCGAGAAGGAUCCAGUCUUCCAGGAGAGCGGUCCAGGCUACAAGACGUUCCAGAAAGUGCAGUGCUUCCCGACUCUCACCUUCCUGAUGGCCCUCAACAUCUCCCACGUGGACUUCUUCAGCCUGGACGUGGAAGGCGUGGAAAUGGACAUCUUGAAGGCCUUCCCGUUCCACAGGGUCACCGUGGACGUGUGGGCCAUCGAGCACAUCGGGAAACCCAAAAACAAUUCCAUGUUCUCCCGCGCUGAUUCCGUCCACGGGAAGCCCUGGGACUUUGAGGACCCUGAGUUUGUGGCCUUCAUGGAGGCGCGCGGGUACUACCUCCUCGACAUGUUUUGCAACCCCAUCCCCGACUACGUCUUCGUCAGGAGAGAGAGCAGGGUCUUCCAGCGGCUGAACGUGCCCAAGAACCUGUGGGUGCGCAGGGGUCUUUGCUUCCAGAAGCCGAAGUACGACGCGAAUGGGUAUCACUUCCUGAAGGAGAUUCACAGGGACAAGCGACACUGGCCCACCUUGGGGUAUUCCAGUACCUGAGGUCUGGAAGAUCAUUUUUUCCCCCCGGCGAAAUAACCAGUGAUGAAGACGCUUUUUAAUAAAAAUAAAUAUACAUAUACAAA